AUGAACUGUGAAGACGAAAAGGAAAAAAUUAACAACUCUGUGACGGCUUACACGGGCGAAAAGAGGAGCGAAAAAAAGCUGCCCUUUUUCAACGGAUUUGAUGACUUCAAAAUUGACUAUUCCUUCUAUAGAAAAAAAAAGCCCUCUUGUGGUGCGAUAAAAAAUCCGCCAAACGAUGGGGAUGAUCGCAGUUGGGAUGACCGCAGCUCGGAUGAGAGCAAAGACGAUUUGAAAAAGUUGAUUCAAAUUAUAAACCACAACUACAUCGACAAGCAUUUUUAUUUUAAAAAAUUAAGCAUCCGCGAUUUGUACAAAAUAUUUGUCUACUCAAAUUUUUUAACCAAGUCAUUAAUUUUGUACCCUUCUCUGAUUCCUCACUUUGAAGGCAUUAUUGAGAAAGUGAAAAAAAUAAAAAACGAACCCACCUUUCCAGGGGUGCAGGAUGACCAUUUUGUCUUUCCUCCCCUCGACUCAACCCCAAGCGGGGGUCGUCGGAUUGGCGCGAGCAGCUCCAUUCAUAGUGCCGCCUUUGCCAGUGGCCCAGUUAAGGGUGAAAGAAAUGGGGGGAAACAUGCUGCACAAAAUGGGGAAAAAACUGCUUUGCAACAUGCCGCACAAACCGCGCACAAGAAAGCCCUCCUUCUGGACGCCAAGUCAAGGAGCAGCUUCAUACCUGCUGAAGAAAACGACAGCGGGAAAGACGCGAACGCAGGGGGAAGCCACCCGUAUCGAACAAGGAAUAACCACAAAGGGGAACCUACCCUCGCGGGCAACACAAACAGGGAUAAAAUAAACAAUGGGUCCUCCGAAAUUGACGAUGCAGAUAAAACGUUCCCCAAUUGUAAUUACAACGGAGAAGUAAUAGGGCAGAAGAAAAACACAGACUUUUUUCCAUAUGAGGGACCACCCAAUUAUGCCCCUAAAAAUGUAGAGGUAAAAAAUGUUCCCCACAACUCUAAAGUGAGCGUGAAAACCCCCUAUGCUAUUCAUAAUAGCCAAAGGAAAAAUGCCAACUGCGAGUACGAUCGGAGUGAUGCAAAUAAUGCCAUAAGUAGAGACAACCCUAGCGUGUCCAUCCCAUCAGCGGACAAAAAUGUUCGUGUUUUUAAAAACAUAAAUGAAUAUGACAUAAUCGAGCUCAAAAUAAGCGCUUCUUUCAACAACAAAUAUAUCUGCCGCUAUAUAGGCAUCCACAGCGGAAUGACGCUAUACAACAUACACAGAUGCAUCUGCAUAUGCCUGGGAGUCAAAAAGGAAGACACGGACAACUACCUUCACGUUUUCAUACUAAACAAUGGUAACAUUUACGGGAGCGGCAAAAAAUGCAGCGUUAGCAUCAUCAGGAAAAUUCAAAUAAACACCGAUCGACACAUCACCUUCAAGCAUAUCGUCAAGACCCCGCUGUAUCUCUACAAGGCAAAGGACGCAAGUAAAAACCACUUUUGCAACGAUUUUCCCGUCAACUGCGCAAACACGUUCGAUGAGAAGGCAUGCGCGAAUGGGGAAAGUCAGUACGGCGGGGAGAGCAACCCGAACGAGGUGAUGCACAGCGAAAAUGAGAGCAGCCAGAAUGGGGGUGGCCCGAAUGAGAGCAGUCAGAAUGGGGGUGGCCCGAAUGAGAGCAGCCCAAACAGCAGUGACCAACGCGUAGGUGACGCCAAUUUAAUAGCCAUUUCAAACUUUGGGAAGUCCAGCAACGGCCAAACGUUUGUAGAAUCAAAUGAACUGCCUAACUAUGAUAUGCUGAGCAGCGCGGACAGGGUCCCACAGAUGAACCAUUGCAAUGUUAGUGUACCCCCAUUAGGCACCACUAGUAAGGUAAAUAAGUUUGCCAAUUUAACCACCCCCUCCAGCAGCUUCUACACUCACUUGGGUAGCAACACAUCUUACAACCUUAGCGAUAAUGUUAGCAAUAACGGAAGGGGUAACUGCGGUGAGGGUCUGAACAGGGCGGUGUGCAACAGGACCAUUCGCUUUAACCACGAUGGCCAACUAAGUGCAACAGCUGUGGGGGAAUAUCUGCGUAAAAACGGAGGCGCCAAUGGAGGCAGCACAAAUCGCAGCUGCCCCUACGACCCAAGCGAAAACAACGUCAACUUAAGGAGCUUCCCCAUUCAGGGUGAAAAUAUCAAAAUGAGCGAAUCUUCAAAUAGCUUCCACUUGGGCGGACCUUCAAACUGCCCCCACUUGAACGAAUUCCACUCCGACUUGGAACUACAAAAAGAUGGCCAAAAAAUAAGCGGCAAUGACGACCGCGGUGUGAAGGGUCCACCCUCGAGUGAGAACGACGCAGGAGAGGAUGCCCACGAAAUGGAGGACGCCGCUGCUGAAGAUGACUACAAAAGGGUAACGUGCGAAAAGGGACAACUUCGCAAAAAUUGGCACGACCAAAAUGGAAGCCAUGUCCACUGCAAAAAUGAUGGCCCUUUCCGAAGUAACGAAUCCACCCAUGGUGACGCGACUCCUCGUGACGCUACCCAUGCUGAUGAGCACCCCCUGAACAAGCCAAGCGGAGAAGCUCACAAAGUGUUAUCUCCAAACACUGGUAGAGACACCUGUCACCUUUACAUGAAUAGUCAGGAAGAAAAUCCGAGCCGCUUGUUUAACACCAUUUCGAGUGAUGGCAGCCCCUACAAGCACGCCAUGUCUGCCAUCCCACCUGCAAAAAGUGAUCACCCUUUCCACGCCGGCAAUAAUUACACAUUCAGCGCACAGCAGAAUGAUACCCACAGCUACCAUCCUAAUGGAAUGAAAACAGCUGAACAACAUGAAUUUGCAAAUGAGGACCUGCAGUCAAAUUGUCCCUAUUCUGUAGAUUUGUCCCCCCAGAUUAGCGCCCAUGUGAAGUUCAACCCUGCACGUGGCAUGCGCAGUGUGGAUCAAAAAAAUGGGCCUCAAAGUGGAGAACAAAAUGGGGCAAAAAAUGCUACACACAGUGAACACAUCAUGGACGAUGCAGACUACCCACCAAUUGGAAGCAACUGCCGAGGUGAUGGCCCUUCGAGCCCCUUUUUCUUUCCCACGAGUGCCCUCCCGGACCUUCCCUACAGCCUAAACGGGCUAAAUACGCCAAAUUAUUUCUUUUACAAGCACGGAAAUGAACUCACUGUGCAUGGUAAGAAUUCGCCCACCACCUGCAGCUACAAUGCCCCCAUGCACAAUCAAGAGAACCACAUAGAGUAUCAAAAUUUGAUGAGCAAUACUUUUCUUGAGAGAGACUUCCCCCAUGUUAGCAGCCCCAAUUGGUGCAUCCCAUCUGAUCAUUUCCCCCCCUCAAAUAAUACCGCUUAUGCGAAUGGAUCCAUGGCGAGCUCCUACAUGGACAACUCAUUUGCAGCUGCUCCACUUGAUAGCACUUUCAAUCCCCAGCAGGAGAGCAGCUACUGGGGGGAUUCGAAAUACGAAGCGGUUAAUUCAUCUGAGAGCAGCAAAAAUAAAGACCACUUAGAAAUAUUGGAACAAAAACAACAUAACGACGUUGCUGACUGUUGUGCUGCCACACACGCAGGGGGUAACGCCAUGAGAAACACACCACCAAAUAGCGGUAGAGGCGUAACUGAAAAUUAUCCCCCCUGGGGAAAUAGCAAUUCCACAUCUGUGACGCAUCUAAGAACCCAUUUGAACAGAAAAAUGGAGAAUCAAGAGAAUCAUCCUGAGCUCCCAAAAGGAACAAAUGAAAACUUGGGGAAAGAACCACUACAAAAUUGUCUUGAAAAGAGCACAGUGAAACGUCACCCAAGUGGGAGAACCGAUGAGGAAGAACCGAAUGGAACAAACGAAAGUGCCGCUAAAGAGUGCAUAAGCGGGAAAGACGCACAUAACGAAAAACAACCUUUGGAAGAGGGCAAAAGCUACAAAGGCGUACAAUGUGGAAUCACCCCCAAAUGUAGCAAAAAUGAGAAUGAUACACAACGGAGUGAAGACCAAGUGACUCUUAGGGAAAACGUCGGAACGAACCGCGCAACACACCACAACGACGCAGAGGAAUGUAAAAAAGGCCAACCAAAGGAGCAGACCCAGAAAAUGAAAAAUAGCCACCUCGUCGAAGGAACAAAAAACGGAGAUACGCAAAAGGGGAGUGAACCCUCCGAAGAAAUUAUCCACAGCGAUCGCGAAGGAGAAGCAAGCGAUUUUAGCAACAGCGACUACGCGGGGGGGGAAAAACCAAGCGGCACCCUCAAUACUCACAGCAUGGAUGACGAAAAUGCCAAGGGGGGCGUAAAACCCAACCCUGUAAAUUGCAACAAAAUAUGUGAAAGAAAAUUGGGAGAUGCUGCACACACCCAAGUGAUCCACCAGGAGAUCAACACGAAGGGGAAUCUUCUCCAAAUGGAAAAUGCACACAUCUGCAACAUUUCAAACGCACACGAUGAUGCUACGAAUGGCACCCUCGUUAGAACAGAACAAAACGGAGGUUCCAAUUUUUACAACACUUUUAACGAUGCUGAACGGGGAAAGAAUGGACACAAAUCACUUCAACAGGUUGGGUGCAGCCAUACAGGAACAGCUCACCCCCAGAAAAAAGAGAGAAACGAACAGGCUUAUGCAUAUUUACAAAAUGGAGAGUACACUUCACCUGGUACCCACCUUUUGUGUGAACAAAAUGGAAGCGAUUUCCCCCCCACCGGAUCAGUUCAAAGUGAAAAAAUAAAAAAAGGCUCCACAUAUGAACACACUCAUGAGGGGGAAACAGACAUGCAAGGGAAUGCGGAAGUGCUUCAAACACCCACUGCAAAUCCAACCAACAGGGAACUACACCGUUUUGGCAAGAUAAAUGGGGAGAACGCCCCACCGUGUGGAGACGCACCAACGUUUGGAGAUACCCUUCCCUGUGGAGACGCACCAAGCCGAAGAAGAACCACAGAGGAACCCAUUUUAAGCCGCGAAAAAAUCGAAUCAAAGGAGCAACACAAACAUUCGACAGUUAACAAAAAGGAGAAUUACGAAAGAGACAUAAAACAAGGCAUUCAGAUAAUUCCCAGAAACGACCAUUUUCACGAAGACGAUGAAGGUAGCCAUUUUUUUACACUUGAGCAAAGGGAAGGCAUUCCCCCAAACGGCCUCACCGAAACGGAGCAGCUCAUUCUAGAGUAUCAUCCCCACCUAAAUGAAGAACUCAAUAGUGAAGAAGAUUCCCCUCCCCUGAACGAGCAGAGUACCUACUUGCAGCAUAUACAGAAGAUGGUUCUAAUUAGUCCACACGAAAGCAGCGAUCGUGUUACCACCAACAUGUCCGGUGGACCCAUGCACACAAGUCAUUUUAGCCAAUUCGAAAGAGAAAACCAGUCCAAUUUGUUCCUCCACCAAAAUGCAAAAGGGGAUUGCAAACAGUGGGAACAAAGGUUAUAUAAGGAGCACUUUUACACGAAUGGAAAAAUGAAUUAUCUAGAAGGAAACACCACCCCGUGUUGUAGCAACCCUCCAAGGGAUGCAGGUAAUGCCAUCCCAAAUGAGCUCACCAAUAAUAUUCACCAGACUAACCUCUUGGCAGACUACAACUCGUACAGCAAAUGCACCAACGAAAUGGUUAACAAAAAUCAAUGCUCACUCAACGUAGAAAAUAAGAGCGGUGCCUAUCUUAAGACGUCACUUCAUUUUAAAAAGGACCUUUCAAACACGACGUGUAUGCAAGUGGCUAAUGGGGAAAACGACCAUGGGAACAGUGACCACAACCCCUAUUACAUGAGCAUGCUUCCGAUGAGUAACCAAAAUGGGGUGGACUUCUUCAGCCCGGGCAAGCACUACGCGAAGAGUGGCAGCCUGCACACCACUUCGAACACGCUUAUGACCGUGGACACGGCGGUGGACACGACCGACUGUAUGCAGGGCAGUCCGCACGGCGAGCAACGGGCCGGCCAGCGGGGCAUCCAACAGGGCAACCCCCCUAACAGCCCAAGCGCAGCAGAAAACGCCACCUACUUCCCCCACUUUAACACCCCCGAACGGGUCAACCAAAACUACCAGCACAGUUACUAUCACAUUGCGCCAAGUGAAAAGGAGCUACCCGAGCAGCCUCCAUUCUACGCUGGCUCAAACACCAUGCACAAUGAAGAAACCGAUCAAACAAACUUCACUCCCUCCCUGUGCGAAGGUCAGAAGGAAAAAAUUCUACAAAAGAGCAAUUUCGAGGCUGCCAAAAGUAGACAGAGGCAGAAUAGCAGAGUGGCCCCCAACCAGCAAUACAUCAUCGGUGGUGAUGGCGAAAUAAGGCACAACGACCAACGUGUCUUCCCCAACCCUGCAUCUGACAUGCCAUCUCCCCCUGCCUCUAUCAUCGGUGAAGGUAUAAAUUGUUCAGCUCCCCCUGCCAUGCAUACUUCCCCCACUAACUACACUAACUGUGAAUACGAGUUUAGCGUGCAAAGGAACCUCCAGUACGAUCACCACAACCUGUGCGGCACACACAAACAGAGUUACCACCCCCCCUACUCUCAAAGUGAUAACCCCAUAAACAGUUACAAUGACUACCCCUGUGAUGCGUCUACCUACAUGAUGAAUAGCAACGCGAAUGACUAUUCCAGUACGUUCAGCGUGGGUAGCCUCAGAAAUGCAGACAAUAAUGUCUUAAGGGAGGACAGCUACUACGGUAGUGUGAGCCAGGGGGGGUACCUGAACAUUAACGAGGCAGGGAUGCACAACGCAGCGGUUGGCACCUUCACGCAUAUGGAUGAGAUGAGCCAAAGGGGUUGCGCCACGACGAAUGAGAUGGCUUCUAAUAACUGCGUCCAAAGCAUACCCCAUGAGGAGGGCAUCAACUUGAGGGACCUGCGAGACGAUCAGGUCACCUUAGGCGACUGCCUAAAUUCUGCCCACGCGAAAGGGGGAAACGAAGUGGGAGCCGAGCAAAAGGAACGGGGUAGCGAAAUGGGCAGCGCAAAAGGCAGCGAAAAAGGCAGCGAAAAGGGCAGCGAAAAGGGCAGCCAAAAGGGCAGCCAAAGAAGCAGCGAGCAAAGCGAAGGGGGAAGCGAACAAAGCGAAAGAACCUUCGAGGAAAACAAAUCGAGCUUCUCCAUGCUGUACCUCUUUGGAAAAGUAAAAUUCAACAUAAGCAUCAUCGACAUUAUACACAACAAAACCAACUCGCAUGACCUCCUGUGGGUCCCCAGGUGCUGCAAUGGAAGCUACGGGACGUUCCUAAAAAAUAACUACUUAAACGCCAGCGAAAUAGACAAGCACGUGCCGGAAGAGCACAUCGAUAUCGACUGCAUAAACCUCAAGCUCAUGGAAACCAGGUUCAGCAAAAACGUGGCUAGCUCAAGAACCACCAAAAGGAAAAGGAUGAUUGACAUUGAUAAAACGGUGCUCCACUUUUACAAAGAACACAUCAGCGAGUUCUUCAAUAAUAAAAAUAAAAUCAUUAGACUGACCAAAAAGCUGUGCAAGUAUAAAAAAAAACGGAAAUAUAACAGCAGCGAUAAUGGGAAGGGUGCCGGGAAGGGCCCCUCCAAGGGCGCCUCCAAAGGUGCAUCGAAAGGUGCGUCGAAAGGUGCGUCGAAGGGUACGUUGAAGAGCUCCGGAAAGGGUGAUGAGGAUAUCAACGCCCACCCCUACGAAACGCGCAAAUGUGUGAGCACCAAAACGGCCAGUAAAACCAAAUAUAAGGGGAAAAAGAAGCUAAGCCGCCAGGCUUCCCUCGGCGAGGACGCCGGGGUGGAUCCCAGCGUGGACGGUGAAAAUGGUGCGGAGCGCAGCGAGGAAGACGACGCAAUGUGUGCCAGCCUAAAUGACGCCCCCAAUGAGGUAGACCAUUCCCACUUAAAUGGCCCCCCCAAUGAGGCAGACGCCUAUGCGCAAAGUUACGCCCCAAACUACGCCGACGACCAGGCGCACCCGACCUACUAUCACCCCCCAAGGGAUGACAACAGAGACUACUACCACUGCCACACACCAAACGAACUCGGCGUGAACCAAAUGCAUGCCGCAAAUGCAGGCGAACACAACUACCUCUUUAACGAACGUGUAAACAGAAACGCCAACAAAAUGGCAAUGCAGAAUGAGCUGCUCCCAAACGAGCAACCCUUUAACGACCCUUUUGUUAAUAACAUGUUGGGCGAUAUGUCAACGAGAAACCUAAGUAGAAAUAAUUUCUUCCCAAAUGUGAUGUAUCCCCAUUUUAGCGAGCACAACGAUGUUCCCUCGGCUCACCACCAGCAUAAUCAGCCUCACCACAAUCAGCUUCAGCUUCAACAUCAGCAUAAUCAGCUUCAACAUCACCACCACCAUGAGGGGGGGAGCUACCCAGACCUGCGAGAGGAAGGCCCCCCCAACGGCGGCACCCUCGGCAACCUUCCCCCAACCGGGUACUACCACCAGCCGACUACUCCAUACUUCUUUAACAGCAAUCCAAACGCCUUUAAAGCAAACUUUGCAAAUACUGCCAAUAAACGAAAAGGAAAAAAUCAGCCCAAAUCUCAAAUGAGCUCCUUCAACGGAAACAACGCAGACACGAAAACGGCACUGAACUUAUCUCAGAUACUUGAAGGGAAUAAUAAUUUUAUUAACAUUUCCAACACGUUUAUUAAUACAAAAUUUGCCAAAGAGCUUCACCAGACGAACGACCUGCUGGUCAACCAGAAUAACUUCGAUUUGAACGUCAUGUCUGGCGGGUUAAAUGCGAACCAGUUCACGCCGUAGGGUGCGCCUCAUAGGGCGCCUCAUAGGGUACCUCAUAGGGCACUUCAUAGUGCACAUCAUAGUGUGUGUGGUGGUAUGCAGGUAAAUAACGAGUGAACGAAACAGCGUCGAAUUCCUUUACGUCGCACUCCUUCACACCGCAUAGCUCAACGGGUUGAAAGCACCUAGAAGUUUGCACGAGAAGGGAGUUCCUCUGGAAUAGGACUUUCCUUGCCGACCCCCCCCAAUGCACACACCCGUCUAAGCAAAAACGAUAUGUUCAACCAUCCCCCGGUUGGAUUUUAACUCCAGUUUGCUCACCGCGUUUGUCUAUACAUACCUACAGACAUACGUACAGGUCCAUUUAGACUGCGCGAAAACGCAUCACAGGGAGUUUCCCUCUCUCUUUCUUUCUCUUUUUUUUUUAGUCCAAUCGCUCCAUUUUUUUACGUAAUAUGUGUAGCUCAACUUCCAAAAUGAAACUGCGAUAGGGAGAAGUUUCUCCUCGAAGGAACCCCCACUUGGGGGGAAAUUCAGCUGUUUAGAUUUCCCUACGCAUCAUACACUGAUCCGCACGUGCGCAUGAUGAGAUUCGUCCCCAAAAUGUAUUUCCAAUUUGGAGGGGAAAAAAAAAACGUCUAUUGGGGGAAAUGUUCACCUUUGUAUAUAAAGUGCAGAAGCUCUCCUGCGAGAGUGUCACCAUGGGGAAUGCUUUUCGAACGCAUCUGCAAUGGUCUCUAAUGCGUGCCGUUUCAUUCCGUUGCGUUUUUCUCAUGCGAUUACUUUCCCUGCUCAUCGCUCCCUCUGGUGCAGUGCCUAAUAAACG